GCUCGGCGGCGGCGGCGUCUGGCCCCAGCUCCUCCUCCUCCUCUCCUCCUCCUCCUCCAUCUCCUCACUCCCUCCAUCUGCCGUGGGUAUGGCCCGUCGCUGGAGCACAAAAGAGUCUCCGCGGCGGGGGUCGGCGUGGCUCUUGCUUUUCCUCACUGGGGUGUACGGAAAUGGGGCUCUUGCAGAACUUUCUGAAAAUGUGCAUAUUUCAGGAGUGUCAACUGCUUGUGGAGAGACUCCAGAACAAAUUCGAGCCCCGAGCGGAAUAAUCACGAGCCCGGGCUGGCCUUCUGAGUACCCCGCCAAGAUCAACUGUAGCUGGCUCAUACGGGCAAACCCAGGGGAAAUCAUUACUAUAAGUUUUCAGGACUUUGAUAUCCAGGGAUCCAGAAGGUGUAGUUUGGACUGGUUAACAAUAGAAACAUACAAGAAUAUUGAAAGUUACAGAGCUUGUGGGUCCACAGUCCCGCCUCCAUAUAUCUCCUCACAAGACCACGUUUGGAUCCGGUUCCAUUCGGAUGACAGCGUGUCCAGGAAAGGCUUCAGACUGGCGUAUUUUUCAGGGAAAUCUGAGGAGCCAAACUGUGCCUGUGAUCAGUUCCGCUGUGGUAAUGGGAAGUGCAUUCCAGAAGCCUGGAAAUGUAACAGCAUGGACGAGUGUGGAGAUAGUUCUGACGAGGAGGUGUGCGCCAAAGGCGCCAACCCCCCAACUGCGGCUGCUUUCCAGCCCUGCGCCUACAACCAGUUCCAGUGUCUGUCCCGCUUCACCAAAGUCUACACUUGCCUCCCCGAGUCCUUAAAGUGUGACGGGAACAUUGACUGCCUGGACCUGGGGGACGAGAUAGACUGCGACGUGCCGACGUGUGGACAGUGGCUAAAAUACUUCUAUGGCACUUUCAACUCUCCCAACUACCCAGACUUCUACCCUCCCGGGAGUAACUGCACCUGGCUGAUAGACACUGGUGAUCACCGGAAGGUCAUUCUCCGCUUCACGGACUUUAAACUUGAUGGUACUGGUUACGGUGACUAUGUCAAAAUAUAUGACGGGCUGGAGGAGAACCCUCGAAAGCUCCUGCGCGUGCUCACUGCUUUCGAUUCUCACGCUCCUCUCACCAUCGUUUCUUCCUCAGGACAGAUAAGGGUGCACUUCUGUGCCGACAAAGUAAAUGCGGCAAGGGGCUUUAACGCUACUUACCAAGUAGACGGCUUCUGUCUGCCGUGGGAGAUACCCUGCGGUGGGAACUGGGGGUGUUACACGGAGCAGCAGCGGUGCGAUGGCUAUUGGCACUGCCCGAACGGGAGGGAUGAAAUCAACUGUACCAUGUGCCAAAAGGAAGAAUUCCCGUGUUCUCGAAAUGGUGUCUGCUACCCUCGCUCUGACCGCUGCAACUACCAAAAUCAUUGCCCGAAUGGAUCCGAUGAAAAAAACUGCUUCUUUUGCCAGCCAGGGAAUUUUCACUGUAAAAACAACCGCUGUGUGUUUGAAAGCUGGGUGUGCGACUCCCAGGACGACUGCGGUGAUGGCAGCGAUGAGGAGAACUGCCCGGUUAUCGUGCCCACCAGGGUCAUAACUGCCGCCGUCAUCGGGAGCCUCAUCUGUGGCCUGCUCCUCGUCAUUGCGCUGGGCUGCACUUGCAAGCUCUAUUCUCUGAGGAUGUUUGAACGCAGGUCGUUUGAGACCCAGCUGUCCCGAGUGGAAGCGGAACUGCUGCGAAGAGAAGCCCCUCCCUCCUAUGGACAGUUGAUCGCUCAGGGCUUAAUCCCACCAGUGGAGGAUUUUCCCGUUUGUUCACCUAAUCAGGCUUCGGUUUUAGAAAACCUGAGGCUAGCUGUCCGGUCUCAGCUGGGAUUCACGUCAAUCAGGCUUCCUAUGAGCGGCAGAUCUAGCAGCAUUUGGAAUCGUAUUUUUAACUUUGCAAGAUCACGGCAUUCGGGAUCGUUAGCUUUGGUGUCAGCAGAUGGAGACGAGGUUGUUCCGAGUCAGAAUAGCAGCAGAGAAACGGAAAGGAGUCACCUUCACAGAAGCCUGUUUUCCGUGGAGUCUGACGACACAGACACAGAAAGCGAGAGAAGGGAUACGCCGGGAGCGUCUGGUGGAGUGGCUGCGCCGUUGCCCCAGAAAGUCCCUCCCACGACAGCCGUGGAAACCACCGUGGGAACGGGUGGGAAUUCCUCAACUCAGAGCACCCGAGGUGGCCAUGCAGACGGAAGGGAUGUGUCAGGUGUGGAAGCUCCUAGUGUGAGCCCAGCCCGCCACCAGCUCACAAGUGCGUUAAGUCGUAUGACUCAGGGCCUGCGCUGGGUACGUUUUACAUUAGGUCGGUCGAGCUCCACAAAUCAGAACCAGAGUCCUUUGAGACAGCUUGAUAAUGGGGCGAGUGGAAGAGAAGACGACGAUGAUGUUGAAAUGCUAAUUCCAGUUUCUGACGGAGCUUCAGACAUUGACGCCAGUGACUGCUCCCGACCCCUCCUUGAUCUGGCCUCAGACCAAGUACAAGGGCUUAGACAGCCUUCCAGUGCCGCGAACCCUGGAGUCAGAACCGGUAACCGCGAUGGCCCCUGCGAGCGCUGUGGCAUCGUGCACACCGCCCAGAUCCCAGACACUUGCUUAGAAGCAACGAUGAAGAGCGAAACGAGUGACGACGAGGCUUUGCUGCUGUGUUAGGAUGGCGCACCAGAGAGACUGUGCGAGCUGGAGCAAUAUCCGUUCAUUGUUUUGUAUCUUCACAAUUAAACUAGUUUUAGUUUAAAAUGAAAAGUUGCAGGGUGAUUUUUUUUUAUUAUUAUUAUUAUAUUUAGCCUGCAUGGUUAAAUUAAACACCGUGUAACUCUGUGAGCUGGAGUUCACUGGGUUAGCAGCUAACAAUGCAUUGUGUAUUGGUACUCCAGUCACGAGCUGCCAUUUGUUGUUACUUGUUUUGUUUUAGAUCCUGGUACUUUAGUUUAAUAGUAGAAAUAUGGCUGCUUUAAUUCCCAGUCUCUUUAUCUAUCUUAUGUUAAAAGAUUUGUUUAUACAAAAUAGUACCUUCUUUUAAUUGAAUCUUUUAUGCUCUUUGACACUAUGUAAUUUAUUAUACUAGAUGCUAAGGUUAUUAAUGUACAAAAAAAAAAAGAAAACCCUUGCAAUCACCUCUUUAUUUGCAUAACAUUGUCUGCUACUGGAUUUCAUCAUAUGGACCUGUCAAAGGGAAAAGAUUUUCCUCUUACAUUUAACACACAAUGGUGUAAAAUUUGCGUAGAGUUAGAUAAAUUACUGUCAGAAAACAAACUUUUAUAGAUUUUCUAAUGCUGACUUUAAUACUCUCACAUGGUACAGACCAAAUGGUAAAAUCCCAAGAUAUUUCUGUUUUCAUCUUGAUGUAGGGACAGAAUUAAGCGGAUGAAGAUAUUCUACUAUGCAUUAAACUUUGAACUUUAUAAACUGUAUACAGACAUUGUACAUGCUAAGUUCCACCUGGUAAUGUCUCUCCAGUACAGGGGUGUGCGUGAGUUGGGGAACUUUAUAAACUGUGUACAGACAUUGUACAUGCUAAGUUCCACCUGGUAAUGUCUCUCCAGCACAGGGGUGUGCGUGAGUUGGACCCUCGGGCUUUGCACUGGAGCCCUACAAAGGUCUCAGAUGAGCUUGGUGUCCAGCCACUACCACUUUAGAUGCUAUCCUUUGCUACCACAGUGACUAUAUAUUUCCACAGCUUUGGGGGUGGGGGACCAUUUUUAUUACAACUUGAACUUGCUUUGCUGGUUUCAUAUUUAUUUGUUGUAUUUAAAAACUGCAUUAUUGUAAGAAUGAUUUUUUUCCAGUAUGUUUUAUUAUUGGGGUUGGGAGGGGAGUCACCACUGUAAUCCUGAAAAGCAAAUUAAGUUGUUCAGAUUGCCCCCUCCUUAAGUAGAGUGAAUUACAAAACCCCAUUUACUAUUUUUUUUUAGUGUCAAUUCUUGUUUAUUUAUUCUUUAGCUGUCUGUUUUAGUAGCUUAAUGAUUGGGUAUGAAGAUGUGUUUGUGUGUGAUUAUUGCUAUUUAUUACAUUUUGAAUACUUUGCUGAAUGUCAUUUUAAAGCAUGUUUGAGGUCUUGUGUAUCUGUCCUGUUAUGCCGUCAGGAAUACCUGACUAAAAUGUUUUAAUAUGUAUCAAAAAUUAAAAUAAUUUUUUUUAUU